AAUGUCCUCAUAAUUAAUAAAUGUCCUCAUAAUCCAAACUGUCCUCUCUCUGCUGCUGUCAGUCAGCAGAUCCUGGACCAGCCUCAUGACACGACGUGUGAUGUCAUCGGCGUGCUGACAUUCGUAGGACGGUCUGAGCGAAUCAGGAGUAAGGACGGCAAAGGGACGGAGCUUGUGGAGUAUCGCUGGCUGCGAUUGGAGGACGGUGCCAGUGAUCAGCCAAUCAUGGUGAAGCUCUUCGCUACGUCUCAGCCUGAGACUCACCUGAAGCUCCACCCAGCCUCGGUCCUGGUCGGUACCAGACUGAAGCUGGUCCGGGUCUCGGAGCAGAUGUGCUACCUGACCAACAGCACCUACACGCAGGUGUACUGCUCAGGUCAGGGCCACCACUCCCAGAUGAGCUACCGACGGCUGCGGCCGGUCCGACGCUUCCUGGACUGGCUGAGGACUCAGGAGGACGCCGCCGUGCUGAGCAGGGCUCUGAUUGGAGGAUUCUUCAUGUACCCGCCCCCUCCCGUCUCCAUGGAAACCUACAUGAAAGAGCGCAGAGGUGAGCCGGGCUUCCUGCGAGGGGCGGAGCUUCAGACGGCGCUGGACAGACUCUGUUACCGGGAGCGACGCACCUUCUGUAUCCAGGCAACCGUCACCGUGGUUACCUACAGCCGCCAAGGAGAGGACGAACGCUGCUUGUUCUGGACGGAUCGAUCUCCAUCCCUCUCUCCAUCCUCCUCCUCACCCUCCACCCCCCAGUCCUCCAGACCUUCUCCGUCCUUCAGUUCCUUCAGUCCAGCCUCAGCAUCUUCAGCAGUGAGCCGGUCCACACCUCCAACUCCCAACCGGACAGCAGGGUCUUUUAAAAGGAAGCUGCUGUCGACUGACACUCCAAAGAAGAGAGGUCCAUGGGUCACUCUGCAGCCAGAACACAACACCGACACAGUGAUUCUGUUUGAAGCCUCCAUGGAGUUCCUACAGAGCGUCAACCAAGACGACGAAGACGAUGAUGAGGACGACGAUGCCUCGUCCUUCGUCACCGCCCUCUCCCCACCCAACGUCCCAACCGUCGCCAUGGAGACCUUCCCCAUGUGUUAUGACCACACCCACUGGGAGGAGCAGGCAGCCGCCGUGGUGAUGGGAGGGACGACGACGGCGGGGAAGUUUAACACCGCCAUCGAGGACUACUACACCCUGAAACUGAGAGCUCUGUCUGAUGGGGUUCUGUUCGAUGCCAUCUUCCUACCCCACGCCUGGUCCUCCUGCCCCUGCCCCCUCCAGCUGCCCCACUCCAACACCUGGACCUCCAUCCUGUCACAUGGAGCCUUCUCCUCCCACACACCUCCACCUUCACCAGCUGACCUCAUCGCCAUGGCGGCCCAGUUGACCAAUCAGAGGCUGGUUUGCGUCCUGGAGGCGUGUCACCUGGGCGGAGCCUCCAUGGAGCUGGUCCUGAGCCGAGCGUUCCACCUGGCUGAGUGAUGCAUCCUGGGAGUUUUCCUGUGGCUUAUUUAUUAUUAUUAUUUAUUUUAAAUGCUAUUCUGAUUUGUUGAUGCACUUUAGUAAGUGUGUGUUUAACAGAGUCAUGUUUUCAGUUCAGAAUUUUUGUUGUAAUAUUUCUAGAACAACAUAUAAGAAAGCCUUUGUGAGGCUUUACUGGUCGUAUGAAGAGUUUAGGCUAUAAAAUGUAAAUAAAAGCCUUCUGGAGGGAGUUCAUGUUGAAGGUUUCUCUUCAGGACGUUUUUUUAAAAUGUUUCUACGUUAAAUGAUCUCACAAAUGAACAUUUAUUAUGUUGUUGUUCCCUUUUAUAAGUUUAUACUUUAAAUUAUUCUUAAGUUUUUCCUGAAGUUGUAAAGAAAAAAACACUUGAACUCUGAGCAAUUCCUGGAUGUUUCAACUGAAAACAUGUUCAAAACGACUAACACCUUCUAUAAAAUGACUCCAGACUCAUCCAAAAUGACAAAAACUUCUCAAAGUGACUCCAGACUCAUCCUAAACGACUAAAACCUUCUAGAAAAUGACUCCAGACUCGUCCUAAACGACUAAAACCUUCUAUAAAGUGAUGUCAGACUCAUUCUAAACAACUAAAACCUUCUCAAUUCCUUUUUGAUUGUUUCCUCGUGUUUCAGAGAAACCUUGCAGCUGUUUUUCUAACCUGUAAACUUUAGAACGAUGAAGGAAUAAAAUGUUCCAAUAAAUUCUCCUUUCUUUGA